GCUAUGUCUCAGGCUGUGCAGACAAAUGGAACUCAACCAUUAAGCAAAACAUGGGAACUCAGCUUAUAUGAAUUACAACGAACACCUCAGGAGGCCAUAACAGAUGGCUUGGAAAUUGUGGUUUCACCUCGCAGUCUACACAGUGAAUUAAUGUGCCCAAUUUGUUUGGAUAUGUUGAAAAAUACCAUGACUACAAAGGAGUGUUUACAUCGUUUUUGUGCAGACUGCAUCAUCACAGCCCUUAGAAGUGGGAACAAAGAAUGUCCUACGUGUCGGAAAAAACUGGUUUCCAAAAGAUCACUAAGGCCAGACCCAAACUUUGAUGCACUCAUCAGCAAAAUUUAUCCAAGUCGUGACGAGUACGAAGCUCAUCAAGAGAGAGUACUAGCCAGGAUCAACAAGCACAAUAAUCAGCAAGCACUCAGUCACAGCAUUGAGGAAGGACUGAAGAUUCAGGCUAUGAACAGAUUACAGCGAGGCAAGAAACAACAGAUUGAAAAUGGUAGUGGAGCAGAAGAUAAUGGCGACAGUUCACACUGUAGUAAUGCAUCCACACACAGCAAUCAGGAAGCAGGCCCCAGUAACAAACGGACCAAAACGUCUGAUGAUUCUGGGCUUGAGCUUGACAAUAACAACGCAGCAGUGGCAAUUGAUCCAGUCAUGGAUGGUGCUAGUGAAAUUGAAUUAGUGUUCAGGCCUCAUCCCACACUUAUGGAAAAAGAUGACAGUGCACAGACAAGAUACAUAAAGACUUCGGGUAACGCCACGGUGGAUCACUUAUCCAAGUAUCUGGCUGUGAGGUUAGCUUUAGAAGAACUUCGAAGCAAAGGCGAAUCAAACCAGAUGAACCUUGAUACAGCCAGUGAGAAGCAAUAUACCAUCUAUAUAGCAACAGCCAGUGGCCAGUUCACUGUAUUAAAUGGCUCUUUUUCUUUGGAAUUGGUCAGUGAGAAAUACUGGAAAGUAAACAAACCCAUGGAACUUUAUUACGCACCCACAAAGGAGCACAAAUGAGCUUUUAAAAACCAAUUCUGAGACUGAACCUUUUUAUAGCUUAUUUCUUUAAUAUUAAAGAUGUACUGUCGUUACUUUUAUGGACAGAUCUUGGAUAUGUUGUUCAGUUUUCUUUCUGAGCCAGACUCGUUUACACUAUUCAAAUCUUUUCCCCUUAAUUUAAGAUACCCUUUAUGGAAGGGACUGCAAUUAUUCAGUACUUUUUGUUUCUUUAAAAAAUAUUAUCUAAGUUGUGUGUUUUCACAAAGAGUGGUUCCAAUUUGGAGCACCCUUCGGACCCAGGAAUUUUUCAUAGUUCUGUAUUCUUAAGUAAAGAUUCUGUUGGCCGUCCUUUUCCCUCUUCCCUCAGAAGUUUUCUAGGCCUACAGAAUGUUAAAUAAUAUGUAUUCUGCCUUUUUUCUCCCUGGAGUCGUGUAUAUUUAUAGUUUUCUAUAUAAGCUGUAGUAUCUUCAUGAAGACCAAGGCUCAAGUUUACUGUGCUUAAAACAAUUCUCAUAGGAUUGUUCUUUUCAUGGUAUUUUCUUCUAUAAUGUCUCAUUUUAAAAAAGAAGUUCUUUAUGAACUUAGUGUCCAUCGUCAUGCAAUGUUAUUUUUUUUCCAUUCUUUUUCCCUGCAAUUUUGGAAUUUUUGGUCUUGGAAAGAGAAUCAAACAAAACCUUAGGUUCUGUGAGAACUUGAUUCAUUGACAGAUAUUCCUGAAAGAAAAAUUAAAUUGGUAGUAAUAUGUAGUCUUCAA